CUUCAUCAUAGAGUCCAAAGUUAGAAACUUAGAAUCAAUCAUGCUUGGUUUGCUUUUCAGAAGACUUUCUCAGCUGAGAGGUACUGGAGAUUCAUUGCCUAAUCUCUAUCUUAUUCGAAUUGAAUCUUCAUCUUUCAGAUUCAAUUCAAAUGCCACAAACCAACCAUCUCUCACAGUAGAUUAUCUUGUGAACUCAUGUGGCUUGUCCCCAGAAACAGCUCUCAAAGCCUCCAAAUUUGUUGUUCUCAAGACUACUACCAAAGCAGACUCUGUUCUUGCCCUCUUUAGAAACUAUGGAUUCUCAUUACCCGAAAUCGCAAACAUCAUUUCUAACAAUCCACUAGUUCUUAGGGCUGAUCCAGACAAAAUCCUAAAUCCCAAAAUUGAAUUGCUAUGUAAGAUUGGGAUUUCAGGCUCAUACAUUGCAAAGAUUCUCUCCAGAUACGCUAACUUCUUGUCGGUAAGUUUAGAGAAAGAACUAAUUCCUUCCUUGGAUUUCCUCAAGAGUUUCGUUAACACGGAUGCUAAGGUUGCUUUGACUCUGAGUCGUUUGAGGUGGAGCAGCCGUCUUCCUGAAAUAAUGGGACCCAACAUUGAAAUCUUGCGAAAUCAUGGUGUGCCGGAGUCCAGCAUUUCGAAACUGAUAUCCCUGCAACCUCGGCUACUGACUUGGAAAGCUGAACGGUUUAAGCAGAUUAUUGUUGGAGUCGAGGAGUUGGGUUUGAAUCCUAAAACUUCAGUCUUCGUCCAUGGCGUUCGCACAUUUGCAGGCUCAAAAAAGCCUUUAUGGGAAGCAAAAUUUGCGGUUUUUCGGAGUUUUGGAUGGUCGGAGGAUGUUAUUCUUAAACUGUUUCAGAAGCAACCUAGUAUUUUCUCUAUUUCAGAGAAGGUGAUAAGGGAGCGAUUGGGUUUCUUCAUGAACGAAAUUAAUUGGACGGUUGAUGAUCUAUUGAAGUGCCCUGUCGCGUUUUUGUGUAGCAUGGAGAAGAGAAUUCUGCCGAGGUGUUCUGUUCUUCAGCUUUUGCUCGCAAAGGGCCUAGUGAAGAAAAAAAGUAUGGGUAGGGCUUUCUUGUUGACUGAAGAUAAGUUCUUGAAACAGUUUGUGAUGAGGUAUCUGGAUGUACAACCUGAACUGCUAAAGGUUUACCAAAGUGUCUAUGAGGAAGUAGGUUGAUGGCACAUUUCUAAUGGCUGCUUAUAUAUUUACUGGUCCAGGUAUCUUACCUUUUUCUAGCACAAUCUCAUAGCACAAGUGAGACAUCUUAAUCAGUAUUCUAAAUGAUGCUGAAUUGUUUGCUUAAAGAAUGUAAUCAGAUUUGGAUUGAAGUGAUAAAAAAAAUUGGAUUCUAAAUGGCUUUAAUAUCUAACUGAAGUGCAGUAUCAGAGCUCCUGAAUAUGUCUGGUUGAUGCAACUGGGAU